AAUAUGGCGAAACUGUCGAGUAUAUAGUAGAAAUUGUCUAAAAGUAAAAGAACUUUAUUUCCCAAUAACGCACAUUCUUAAUAAAUACAUAUACAAAAUAAAAAAAUAAAAGGUACUUGUUUCAAAUACGAGAUAUUUCAAUGAAAAAUUAUUUCGUUAUGAUGUUAUUGAAAAUAAAACAAUAGCUGAAUGUUUCUUAUGAUUAAGAAAAAAUACAGAAAUCAUGAAACAAGAGGAACAUGUCUGUAAAUAUAUAAAUUUCUGAAUUGAAAAAACAAACAAUUGCAUCAAGAACAAUGACCAACAAAAAGGGAAAUAUUUCUGAAAAAUCACGGGAGGAAAUAAAAGCAGAACGUGAAGCAAAAAAAGCAGCUAAAGCACAUGCUAAAGCAAAAGCCAAAUCUAGUAAAAUAUUAGAUAAAGAUGUUUCAAAUGAUAAAUCUGCUUCUCUGAAUAAUAUUAAGAAUAAAAACAGCAAUGAGACAUCAAAAAGUACAACCAAUGAAAAUAUUGAAUCUGCUGAAGUAUUAGUAGUCAAUAAAAUUACAAAUAUAUGUGAAAAAAGUUCAAUAUCAGAAACAAGUAAUGAAGGAAAGAGCAAAGCAGAAUUACGUGCUGAAAGAAGAGCAAAACAAGAAGCACAAAGAGCAGCUAAACAACAAAUUUUAUUAGAAAAAAAUAAAAUUAAGAGUAAAGAGCAGAAUAAUAAUGAUAAAUCUGUAAUAACAGAAACAGUUAAAAAAGUAAUAAUGCCUAUAAAAACAAUUCAAAAAUGUAAUACACAUGAAAUAAAUCUUUUCAAACAUCUAUAUCACGAAAGAAAACAGGCUAUUGUAAAUGUUCCUUUUGUCAAUUCAAAUAUACAUCCAACAAUAAUUAGAUUAGGUACACAAUAUGCAAACAAAAUAAUUGUUGGUAGCAAUGCAAGAUGUGUUGCACUUUUAGCUGCUGUUAAGCAACUUAUUUAUGAUUUUGAAAGACCACCGCAAGCUGAUUUUAUUAGAAGUCUUGAAGCAAAUUUACAAGAAUCUAUAGCCUACUUACAUUAUUGUAGGCCAUUAGCUGUGUCAAUGCAAAAUGCAAUGAGACAUUUGAAAUGGCAAAUGACACAGUUUCCUUCUUCAUUAUCUGAUGUAAAUGCAAAAAACAAAUUAAGUACUGCAAUAGAUACUUAUAUUCGAGAACAAAUAGAGCUAGCUGACAAGGCAAUAUCAAUAACUAUUCAAACUAAAAUAUCUAAUGGAGAUAUUAUUUUAACUUAUGCCUAUUCAUCUUUAAUACAUAAAAUAUUGUUAGAUGCACAUACUGCAGGUAAACAAUUUCGUGUUAUUGUUGUGGAUGGAAGACCGUGGCUAGAAGGAAAGGAACAACUUAGACGUUUAUCAAGACAUGGGAUUGAAUGUUCUUAUAUUUUAAUUAAUGCUUUAAGUUAUGUAAUGCCUGAAGUAAGCAAAGUAUUCCUUGGUGCACAUGCAAUUCUAGCAAAUGGUGCAGUAAUGUCAAGAGUUGGAACUGCUCAAGUUGCCUUGAUGGCAAGAGCCUUUAAUAUUCCAGUCUUAGUAGCUUGCGAGACUCACAAAUCUUGUGAACGUGUACAAACAGAUUCUAUUGUCUAUAAUGAAUUAGGAAAUGCAGAUGAGCUUGCACAAGAUUAUAAAAACGGUAUGCAAAAAUCAUUAUUAACGAAGUGGAAAACAAAAAAAUCAUUAAAUCUUUUAAAUAUCAUGUACGAUGUUACACCAGCCGAUUUAGUAACGGCAGUUGUUACAGAAUUAGCUAUUUUACCAUGCACUAGUGUUCCUGUGAUUUUACGUAUUAAACCAUCAGAGAUUUAAAUUUCAUUAAAAAUUAUUUUUGUUGUUUUAAUAUUUGAUAUAGCAUUCAAAAAACAGUAUAAAACAUCAAUCAUUGUGUUCUUUAUUUCGAUAUAUGCAAAUUAAUUUUAAAUAAAGUUAAAUUAUACAUCAAAAA